GACAUGGAGUACACGUCGUCCCCGAAACCACAGCUCUCAUCCCGGGCAAACGCUUUCUCCAUAGCCGCGCUGAUGUCCAGCGGGAAGCCGAGCAAGGAGAAGGAGGCGGAGGAGAACACCAUCAAGCCGCUCGAGCAAUUCGUGGAGAAGUCGUCCUGCAACCAGCAGCAGGCUCUGGCUGACCUCUCCGCUCUGGACGCGCACGGGGACUUCAGCGGGAGCGCGCCCGCGGUGUGCACGGAGCCGCUCAUCCCCACCAAUCCCGGCAUCCCCAGCGAGGAGAUGGCCAAGAUCUCGUGCAGCCUGGAGACCAAAGAGCUGUGGGACAAGUUCCACGAGCUGGGGACGGAGAUGAUCAUCACCAAGUCCGGGAGGAGGAUGUUUCCCACCAUCCGGGUCUCUUUCUCCGGGGUGGAUCAGGAGUCCAAAUACAUCGUGUUGAUGGACAUCGUCCCGGUGGACAACAAGCGGUACCGGUACGCCUACCACCGCUCUUCGUGGCUGGUGGCCGGCAAGGCGGACCCUCCUCUGCCCGCCAGGUUGUAUGUGCACCCGGACUCGCCGUUCACCGGCGAGCAGCUGAUGAAGCAAAUGGUUUCCUUCGAGAAAGUGAAGCUAACAAACAACGAAUUGGACCAACACGGACACAUCAUCCUCAACUCCAUGCACAAGUACCAGCCGCGGGUGCACAUCAUCAAGAAGAAGGACCACACCGCCUCGCUGCUCAACCUCAAGUCGGAGGAGUUCCGCACCUUCGUCUUCAUCGAGACCGUCUUCACCGCCGUCACGGCCUACCAGAACCAGCUGAUAACGAAGCUGAAGAUCGACAGUAACCCGUUCGCCAAAGGGUUCCGGGACUCGUCACGGCUGACGGACAUGGAGAGGGAAAGUGUUGAGAAUCUGAUCCACAAGCACUCGUACGCCCGGUCGCCCAUCCGGACCUACGCCGGCGACGAGGAGAACCUGAGCGAGGACGGACACGCCACACACACCAGAGGCUCGGCCUUCACCGCCUCGGACAACCUGUCGCUGAGCUCCUGGGUCACCACCACCUCGGGCUUCUCGGGCUUCCAGCACCCGCAGUCCCUGUCGGCCAUGGGCAGCGGCGCCGCCUCGCUGCCCCACCCCAUCCAGGGCUCGCUGCCGCCGUACAGCCGGCUGGGCGUGCCGCUGACGCCCGGCGCCCUGGCGGGGACCAUGCAGGGCAGCGGGCCGUCCUUCCCCUCGUUCCACAUGCCGCGCUACCACCACUACUUCCAGCAGGGGCCCUACGCCGCCAUCCAGGGACUGCGCCACUCCUCCACGGUCAUGACGCCCUUCGUAUGA